CACAGCCCCCCGAAAGAGUCGAGGCACAAAACAAUAAAAGUUACACCUCCAUUUAAAAAUGAAGGAAAAUGCUAUUCUUUUCAUUGGGAAAUAUUUCGAUCCUCCUUUUCCAUCCGGUGGGAAGCUUUUUAAGGUAACAGGAAAAGUUGACUUGUAACUUGGCAAUACGUAGGGCACAUAAGGUUUGGGCCAUUCUUUAGUUCUCAGGAAAGGCGAAGAGGUAAAAGCCAGGGCUGGGGAGACGCAACCCUGCCCGAGGGGCAAGAGGAUCGCUUUGCAUUCAUUGGCUGGAGACUCGAUCGACUAAAACCGGCCACUGGAGAGUUGGACUGCAAGCGCUAGGAAAGUCAUGUGCCGCUCCAGGUCCCUUUGCAAGGCUGGGCCCGCUCAACUGGCUGGCCGCGUUAAAGUGGCGGUCACGUGACCACGCUGGAGACGGGCUCGGCGUGCGUGCUCUCGGACAGGCAACAUGGCGGCUACCGCGGCAGCCCGGGUAGCUCUGAGGCUCUUUCACCAUCGAGGGGGUUCAGCCCCGACCUCGUCCUCCCUAGGCCGCGUGAGCCCGAGGAGCUGUUCAGGCCUGCUCGCGCCCGUGACAAGAUACAGUUCCGAAGCCAAAGGCCUGGAGGAGGAGGAACUGCUGGUUCGAUAUUUGGAUGAAGAGCAUAAAGGAAUUGUUGUACUUGGAAUAAACAGAGCACAUGCAAAAAAUGCACUUAAUAAAAAUCUUAUUAAAAUGAUAUCAAAAGUUAUGGACGCUUUGAAAACAGACAAAAAAGUACGGACAGUUAUAUUCCGAAGUGAAGUUCCUGGGGUAUUUUGUGCUGGUGCUGACCUUAAAGAAAGAGCUAAAAUGCAUGCUAGUGAAGUAAGCUCUUUUGUCUCAAAGGCAAGAUCCACUAUUAAUGAAGUGGCUAAUCUUCCAGUACCAACUAUAGCUGCAAUAGAUGGCAUUGCAUUAGGUGGUGGCCUAGAAUUGGCUCUAGCCUGUGAUAUAAGAGUGGCAGCUUCUUCUGCAAAAAUGGGUUUAGUUGAAACGAAAUUGGCGAUCAUUCCUGGUGCAGGUAUGGAUUUUUAUUCAUAAUUAUGUAACCGUUCUUUUUGAACUUUUUUGUUAUGCUCCAUCUCUUGUAUGUUGUCCAGAGGCUGGUCAGUUUUGAACAACAAUAUUUUCAUUCUGCAUUCCAGGUCAUGAAUGUACUUAAUAUAGUCCUGCCUCCUAUUUUUACCACAGCAAUAACCCUGUGAGGUUGCUUGGGCUGAACCAAAGUGAUUGAUCCAAAAUCAUCCAAUUGGUUUUUAUUCCUAAGGGAGAUCUAAAACUCACAGUCUCCUGGUUUCUAGGGCCAGUAUAUUAACCACCUCAUCAAACUGAAUACAGUUUUUGCAUAUCUAUUAUUUGGUAACUGUCAUAAUGUUGUGAGUGUCUUAUCAAUUUAUGAGAUCUAAAAUGAGUAGUCAUGGAGAAAGGAAAAUGAAGCCAGGUUGGGCUGGUGAGGAUACCUACCUACUCUUAGACUGUAUGGCAUUUUGCCCUCUAGUACUAUUGUCGAGCAACAUGCGGAUAUGCAUGCUGCCCAUUUUAGCUUGUGAAGAUUUUUAGCAUGAGGGAACAACAUAGAAAUGCACUCCUUGGUAUUAGGCCUGCUACUUAGUUUUCUUCAGUGCAGCAAAAGUCCCCAAUUUAUUCAAAGGGGAAGGAGAAGUUGCACUUCUUUAAUUUUCUUCCUUUGUAGCCCUUGACUUAAAACCACAAUUGGGACCAGAAUUUUCAUUGCUAAGUAAGGCAGUUGGUAAGUG